AUUAAUACUAUUAAUAGUAGGCCUAUGUAAACUUGACCACUCGAUUGAGCCAACUUAGUUAUUAUACAGUUUGUUAAGUUGUUCAUUUUCGUUUAAUGACAUUUAAUGGAUUUUUUCAUAUCAAAAGGGUCGGCUUUGAAACUAUAAAUAUAUUUUGGACAUCUUUUGUCAGUGGUACCAAACUAUUACGGGGUUUUAUUAACUCAGGCUUAUGAGUUUAUUUGCACUGCUGUGAACUCCGUCUGUUCAGUUCAUUUGUCUAUAGAGCAUGAACUCGAUAAGCCUUUGGAUGUAUAAUACGUACAUAUAACCUCAAAUUAAUGGGUCAUAUAGUUUUGUUAUCGUGGUGGUUACUGUGACUGUAGUCACCUACAUAUGGUGUAUUAUCAGCAGUUAAUCAGUUAUGAGUCAUAAGCUUUUCAGUUUGGCUGCUUUAGGCAUCAGAAGGUUCAUUUUGUUUCCAAGAACCAAUUUUGGAAAUAAUUAUAAUAUUGGCCGUAUUUUAAGGAGAACUUCUGGCAUAAGCAGGGACAUGAGCGAUAUGCUAGAGGAGUAUACAGUACCUGACUGGGCGGAGAGACUGCAGAACAAACCUACACACAGAGUCAAGCUUGCUCACCCUGACACCCCUAUUGAUGAGUGGAAGAUUCCGGAUAUUCCCCAUGGAUUCAGCGUUCACAUCAAGAGAGAUGACAUGACAGGAAGUACUUUGUCCGGAAACAAGGUUAGAAAACUUGAGUUUCUAUUGGCUGAUGCUGUGAAGCAUAACUGUCGUCAUGUGAUCACGUGUGGGGGCGUUCAGUCCAAUCACUGUCGAGCGGUGGCCGUCGCGUCCCGCCAGCUCGGUCUGGAGCCUCACCUCUUCCUCCGAGGCGACAUCCAGAGUAAAUCGAGUGUUGAAUGUAAUGGGAACCUGUUGCUGGACCGGAUGUGUGGAGCUGACCUGUACAUCGUACCCAGACAGUCAGCCUAUCUGACCGAGCUGAGGCCCCGCAUGCUGCGACUGGCCGAGUUAAUCAAGCAGCAGACCGGAGAAAGUUCAUAUUUGAUACCAGUUGGAGGUUCCAAUGAAGUUGGUUUUUAUGGAUACAUCCAAGUGAUGGAGGAGUUAAGGAAACAGGGUGUCUUGGAGCGCUUUGAUGACCUGAUCUUCUCGUGUGGCAGUGGUGGAACAGCAGCUGGUCUGGCCAUUGGAAACUACCUGACGGGAUCCAAACUAAGGAUCCACGGUGUUGCUGUAAGUGAUGAUGCUGCUUACUUCCACAGCCACGUCAAUGAAAUGUUGUCUGCGCUGGGACUGGCAGACGUGAAGUCAGAAGACAUUGUAGACAUUGUGGAAGGUUACAAAGGCAAAGGAUAUGGAAUUUCAUCGCCAGGGGAACUUGAUUUGAUCACUGAAAUCAGCUGUAAAACGGGCAUCAUCCUUGACCCAGUUUACACUGGGAAGGGAGCUUAUGGAAUGUGGCAUGAACUGAAGCGAAAUCCAGACCGAUUUCAUGGAAAAAGAAUUCUUUUCUUACAUACAGGUGGUGUUUUUGGACUCUAUGAUGGAAGAAUGGAUGCACUGUUGAAGUCAAAGGCAGACACAAAUAAAAUAAAAUUUUGGCUGGACAAAAACUCUGACUAUUCCUAAUAUUAACGUUGUGCCAUUCCAUUUUUAUACAGUUAUAUUUUGAUUAAACAGAAUAAAUUCCAUUCCAUUUUUAUACAGUUAUAUUUUGAUUAAACAGAAUAAAUUGUACAAUAGCU